UCGCUUGGUACAAAUAAUUUGCAAAAUUCAACAUUUCGCCAGAGUGAAACUGAGUUGAGGGAAAUGAAUACACAUUUUGAGCCCCGGACCCUUAUCAAUGGCGGCAUGCUGAAGCAGUUUGCCGGCCAAACCGUCAGCAUCAUGGUGCGAGUGGAAAGUGUUGCGGGCACAACGCUGUUGGCCAACAGCACGGAUAACCACAAGUUGCGCAUCAGUCUGCCCAGUGAGCUAGGAGCGGCUGAAGGCGCCUGGGUGGAGGUGAUUGGUAAUCCAAAUUCCGCUGAUGCCAUACGUGCCAAAGAGGUCAUCGAAUUUGGUGGCGAGAACAUUGAUUUCGACACAGAUGGCUACAACACAAUGACCCAGUUGCUGACCAACGUGAAGCAGUUCUAUCAAUAUGGCUAAGUGAAAGGCAGCCCUUGCUGCAGUCCUGUACCAUGGCCAACUUAUUGUUGGCAUGCACUCAUAUUUUUUUGCUCUGUAUUGUAAUCGUAAUAAACACGCAAGUUAUUUAAUUAAUAUUUCAAUUAA